AUGGUUCAAGCGACGAACAGCGGCCCCAAUGGCCCCAAGGGUCAGCUCUCUGCCAACGACCAUAUUCAGCGUUUCGCUGCUCCCAGCCGACCGUUGAGCCCUCUUCCUGAGCACGCUCUCUUCAACGACAAGACUAGAUGCUUUGUUUACGGUCUCCAGCCUCGUGCUGUCCAGGGCAUGCUGGACUUCGACUUCAUCUGCAAACGCAAGACUCCUUCGGUUGCUGGCAUCAUCUACACCUUCGGCGGCCAGUUUGUUAGCAAGAUGUAUUGGGGCACCAGCGAGACCUUGCUGCCCGUCUACCAGCAGGUUGACAAGGCCAUGGCCAAACACCCCGAGGUCGACGUCGUUGUCAACUUUGCUUCUUCCCGAAGUGUCUACAGCUCUACUUUGGAGCUCAUGCAGAAUCCCCAGAUCAAGACCAUUGCCAUCAUUGCUGAGGGUGUUCCCGAGCGGCGAGCUCGUGAGAUUGCCCAUGUUGCCAAGAAGAAGGGCGUCACCAUUAUUGGCCCAGCCACUGUCGGUGGCAUCAAGCCCGGCAGCUUCAAGAUCGGAAACACUGGCGGUAUGAUGGAUAACAUUGUCGCCUCCAAGCUCUACCGCAAGGGCUCCGUCGGUUACGUUUCCAAGUCCGGCGGCAUGUCCAACGAACUCAACAACAUCAUUUCCCAGAACACGGAUGGUGUCUACGAGGGUAUUGCUAUUGGCGGUGACAGGUACCCUGGAACCACCUUUAUUGACCACAUGCUCCGAUUCCAGGCCGAUCCCGACUGCAAGAUGCUUGUUCUUCUCGGUGAAGUUGGCGGCGUGGAGGAAUACAAGGUCAUCGAGGCUGUCAGUCAGGGCAUCAUCACCAAGCCUAUUGUCGCUUGGGCCAUUGGAACUUGCGCCAGCAUGUUCAAAACCGAGGUUCAAUUCGGUCACGCUGGUUCUUUCGCCAACUCGCAGCUCGAGACCGCCGCCACCAAGAACACGAUGAUGCGCCAGGCUGGUAUCCACGUCCCCCGUACGUUUGAGGAUAUGCCCGCUAUGCUUAAGCAGGUUUAUGACAAGCUGGUCACGCAGGGUACGAUCGUGCCCCAGGCUGAGCCUGUUGUUCCAAAGAUCCCUAUUGACUACUCCUGGGCCCAGGAGCUGGGUCUCAUCCGAAAACCUGCUGCCUUCAUCUCCACCAUUUCUGAUGACCGUGGUCAGGAACUCCUCUACGCCGGGAUGCCCAUCUCUGACGUGUUCAAGGAGGAUAUCGGCAUCGGUGGUGUCAUGUCCUUGCUGUGGUUCCGUCGUCGUCUGCCCGACUACGCGUCCAAGUUCUUGGAGAUGGUUCUCAUGCUCACCGCCGACCACGGCCCUGCCGUGUCUGGUGCCAUGAACACCAUUAUUACUACCCGUGCCGGCAAGGACCUGAUCAGUGCUCUGGUCUCUGGUCUGUUGACCAUCGGCUCCCGAUUUGGUGGUGCUUUGGAUGGUGCCGCUGAAGAGUUCACCCGUGCCUUUGACAAGGGUCUGAGCCCCAGAGAGUUUGUUGACAGCAUGCGCAAGGCUAACAAGCUCAUCCCUGGUAUUGGCCACAGAGUGAAGUCCCGCAACAACCCCGACUUGCGCGUCGAGCUGGUCAAGGAGUACGUCCUGUCCAGGUUCCCCAGCCACAAGCUGCUUGACUACGCGCUUGCUGUUGAGACCGUCACCACCUCCAAGAAGGAUAAUCUGAUCCUCAACGUCGACGGCUGCAUCGCCGUCUGCUUUGUCGAUCUGCUCCGCAACUGUGGUGCCUUCUCCACCGAGGAGGCUGAGGACUAUCUAGGAAUGGGUGUUCUCAACGGUCUCUUCGUCCUUGGCCGAAGCAUUGGUCUGAUUGCUCACUACCUCGACCAAAAGAGACUGCGCACUGGUCUGUACCGCCACCCUUGGGAUGAUAUCACGUACUUGCUACCCAACCUCCGCGAAGGCCGGCCUGGUGCCGAAGGCAGAGUGGAGGUUCAGAUACGGGCAGCACGGCGGAAGCGAGGAGAAAGGAAGCGAGGAGAGGAGAAGAGAAGAGAACAGAGGCAGGGGGCCGAGAUGUCGUUUUUCCGAAUCACCCUGCACCGGUCGGCGAUUGGGCUCCCCGAGCGGACGAGGGGCGUGCUCGCGGCGCUAGGGCUGCGCCGGCGCAUGCAGACCGUCUUCCACCCCGUGGAGCCGCAGUUUGCGGGCAUGAUAUUCAAGGUCAAGGAGCUGGUGAGGGUGGAGGAGGUGCGCGAGAGGUUGACGCCCGCGGAGCUGAGGCGCGAGAGGACCCCGGAUGCCGGGUUCUACGUCGAGAGGGCCGUGAGGAGGAUGUGA